GUGCAGCUGAAGGGACUGAAAGCACCGUCCGUGCCCGGGCACUCCUCGCUAAGUGCAUAUCUUCUAUGUUGGGCUUUUAAGAAGAGAUGGGGGGGGGGGAAUGAGCGCAGGAACCGCCGGGCUGAGCUCCAGCACCGCAGCGAAGGCCGCGUCGUGCGGCGGCGGCGGCGGCGGCGGCGGCGACGGCGUGCAGAAACGCUCCGACACGGGCAGAUGACGCGGAGCGGCUGCGCUGCAGCGACCGGGGGCGGUCACGCUCUUCUCUGCAAACAGCCGCACACACAAAGGCUGCAGUUAAUGAUUUGCGGACGGCCCCGCGCUGCCAACGCCGCCGUGUGGCGGAACGGAGCUCCGGGUCGCUCUGCCCCGGAACGAGACGGCGGAAGGGCGCGGGGCGGCGGCACGGACCGACACCAGGCGGCACCACAGCCGCUGUCUCUCCGGGCCGCGCCGCGCCGCGCCCGCCGCAACCGCGGCCCCCGAGACCCCGCCCCCAACGGCGCCCCUCCCGAAUGGGGCUCCCCUCCCCUGCCCCCCCCUCUCUCGCAUCCGCCAAUCGCAGGCCGCCGACGCCCGAGGCUCCUCCCCUCCCCUCGCGCCGCGCCGGGCCGUGCGCACUUCCGGUGCGCGGGGCGGGGGCCGGAAGCGGCGGGUGCGGGGGGUGCUGGGCGGCGGCGGCGGCGGAGGGGCAGCGGGAGCGCUCCCCGUGUCCGCGGGCGCCGCUCCCGUGCCCAGCUGUGGGCCUUCCCCGGGGCGCUCGGGGCAGCAGCUCGAGGGUCGGACGCCGCGGGUGCCCCCGUCGCGAGACACGUCCCGUUUGUGACGAGUUCGGGAGAAUCUGUGAUCUGCGAGAGUUCACGUGGGCUCCAGGCUGAGGACAUCGCAGCUAUGGAGCGGCUGGUGGAACGGCUGGAGAGGGCUGUGGAGCGCCUGGAGACGGUGUGCCAAGGGCCUGGCAUGUGUGGAGAUGGCUCUUCCCCGGGAGUGGCUCAGUACGUGCAGGCUUUUGAUGCCAUUCUGUCUGGCCCGGUAGCUGAGUACAUCAACAUCAGCAAAGAAGUUGGCGGGGACGUGCAGAAGCAUGCUGAGAUGGUUCAUGCAGGUUUCAUGACUGAGAGGUCUCUUCUGGUGACAGCAUCUCAACAUCAGCAGCCAUCAGAGAAUGUGUUUUCGACACUUCUGAAACCGAUUUCGGAGCAAAUCCAGAUGGUGCAGAAUUUAAGGGAGAAGAACCGCGGCAGCAAACAGUUCAAUCACUUAUCAGCAGUCAGUGAGAGCAUCCCGGCCCUGGGCUGGGUGGCCAUGUCUCCAAAACCUGGUCCUUAUGUAAAGGAAAUGACUGAUGCUGCCAUGUUUUAUACCAACCGUAUCCUUAAGGAGUACAAAGAUGUAGAUAAAAAGCAAGUGGACUGGGUAAAGGCUUACCUGCGUAUCUGGACGGAGCUGCAGGCCUAUAUCAAAGAGUAUCACACCACAGGGCUGACUUGGAGCAAAACGGGUCCCGUGGCAACAGAAGGGGCCAAAGCACCAUCCACAGCCCCCACUGGAGCGGCACCGCCUCCCCCUGGCCCUCCUCCUCCCCCUGCUCCCUCCCACCCCAGCUCUGGUGCAGACGACUCUGCCACCCGCUCUGCUCUCUUCGCCCAGAUCAAUCGGGGAGAGGGCAUCACAUCGGGCUUAAGACAUGUUUCGGAUGAUAUGAAGACCCACAAGAAUCCAGCGCUGAAGAACCAAGGAGGUCCUAUAAGAAGUGGACCCAAGCCUUUCACUUCUCCCAAACCAGCCUGUAGUGUUAAUCCCUCCCAAAAAACCUCUCCAAAGCAACCUGCAUUGCUAGAAUUAGAAGGCAAAAAGUGGAGAGUGGAAAACCAGGAAAAUGCCACUAACCUGGUAAUCAGUGACACAGAACUGAAGCAGGUAGCAUAUGUUUUCAAGUGCACAAACAGCACACUCCAAAUCAAAGGCAAGAUCAACUCCAUCACCCUUGAUAACUGUAAGAAGCUAGGUCUGGUGUUUGAUGAUGUGGUGGGCAUCGUAGAGAUAAUAAAUAGCAGGGACAUCAAAGUUCAGGUAAUGGGUAAAGUGCCAACGAUCUCCAUCAACAAAACAGAUGGUUGCCACGUGUAUCUGAGCAAGAACUCCCUAGACUGCGAAAUCGUCAGUGCCAAGUCAUCAGAGAUGAAUGUCCUUAUUCCCACCGAGGGUGGUGACUUUACUGAAUUCCCUGUCCCAGAACAGUUCAAGACAGUGUGGAACGGUCAGAAGCUGGUUACCACUGUGACGGAAAUUGCUGGCUAAGCAGAACAGCUCCAAGGCUCGUGCCCUCCCCUGGCUCUGCUGUGGGACAAAUCUGCUUUUGGAUGAUUCUCUUAGAUUUCUUGUACCUUUCUGCUCUCAAACUGCUUUUCUACCCGAGAGACACGGCUACCUGCCAUCACUGAAAUACCUCUGACUGGGAUUUGGUAUAGGUGGCGGGUCAGGUAUUGUCCACAUCUAUUAGCAGGAAGGUUUAUUUUUCCCCUCCUUUGUCUGAUCUAACUGCACCAAUUGAUCAUGUCAGAUUUUGGGUGAACUUCAAAGCCAGUACUGGCAGUUGGCUUUCAGAGUGUUGUUCGGUUGUUUGGUUUCUUUUUUUUUUUUUUUUAAUUGCCUUCAAGCAAAUUGAUCAUGUGAGAGGAGUAUUGUUCCCUUUUUAACAAAUAAUGUCUGUUGGGGUCCAGAAGUACACGGUUGCUAUUGCAAAUAUCUGAAGAAGGUCCUGGAAGCUGCCAAUUCCAGCUCUUUAUACUAACCAGUGGCAUUACAGGACCUGGGAAUGGCUUUGUUGGACCAAAGGCUGAGGACUUGGACCAUAGCAUUCCACCCUCAUUUCCCUUUCAUCAUUCCUAUUAGCUCAGUGUGUUUCUGACUGUGCCAUGACAGGAGGCUUUACUAUUAAUCAGUGCCACAGGAAGACUGCGGAGGAGUAACUGCAUUUUUCCCUCCAGCAGUCUCACUGGUAAUUUGGAGCUGAGUAUCUCUUCCCAUGAGCCCUCCACCUUCUCAAGGGAGUCUUUGCUCCAGGGCUUCCUGCUCUGAGCAGCUGAACUCAGGUUCAGUCUUCCAGGACAGUUCUGAACCUGUUCCCUCCUGCAGGGGAAAGGUCUCCUUCAUUCCAGGGUCAGUCGUGCAGUAUUGUAAAUUACCCAAGUGGGAUCAAGUCAGUUCAUCGCUCUCCUUCAUCUGCAAUCAGUCACCAUAGGUGAAUCUUCUCAGACUCCCCUUUCCCCUGUUGCUUGGCUCUUUACUUUGAUGGAAGCUUGUAGCCUCUGUUCCAUAGCACUGGAACAGGGAGCUGCAGCUACGACAUAGUACUGUAUUGACCCAUAAAGGGAGCUGCACAUGCUUUGACCUUCAUUUUUCUAAUGCCUCGGGUGGCAUAAGCAUAUCUUAAAUGCAUUUCCUCUGUAAAGUGUCAAUGUUCUCUUUCUCUAGGACAAAACUUAAAAAAUAUGCAAUUUUUUAUUUUAAGACUGUCCUGUGACUUGUACUCGUCUUCUCCUGAGGCUUGUGAAAAAACCUUUCUUAUGUACGUAAGAUUAUACAGAAGAUAGAAUAAAGUUAAUGCCAACUUGCUCAUUA